AUGCAGCAGAGCAGCGCUCCAGAGUUCAUUCUCGAGGCCUUUGCGGACCCGGCCUCCGUACGGGAUGUCGUCAAAGGAAUCCUCCACACAAUCUUCUUCCACCGCUUCUUCCCCGCCGUCGUUCCGUACACCCGCGAAGUCCUAGACCUGACUCUCCCCUACGUCGACGACGUCGAGCUCGAGACCAUGAUCGAGCAGCGCGCCACCGCCCUCGUCCGCCAGCUCGACGCGGAGCGCUCCUCGUCCGGCUCCGGCGGCGGUGGUAGCGGCGGCGGGCGCGGCCAGCUCACCGUCCAGUUCUUUGAGAAGAAGCGUCGCAAGGCGUGGCUCAUGCGCGGCGACGAGGAGGUCUGUUGGGAAUGCUGGACCGUAAAAGUCACGGUCGCGGAGCCCAGGACGGAGACUGAGCGAGCCAAAGUCCGAAAAGCCAUGGAGACGACGCUCAUGACGACCGUCAUGAAGGUCAUCACCUUCGUCAACGCGCACAAGGAUCACAUCCCUCCGAUAACGACGCAGGGGUCGAACCCGUUUCCCUACCAGAUCAAUAUUAACCAAAAGGAGUCAGGGUGGGCUACGAGGAUGGGCAUUUACUAA